CGGGGCCUCAAAUCAAGCGCACCGGCUCGUUGUCAACAGUCAGUGAAUGUGCUAGUGAAGCGGCCAUAUGGCUGCAUGCCUUACCCAUAGACUGUAUAUAAGGAGAUAAUAUAUAGAUCUUUAUGUACAGUCUAUGGUUGUAACGCACCAAUAAUAGAUGAUAAUAACAGAAUCCGCCAGAACAAUGGCUCAUCUCACUCAGAACCCUGCUGAUAAAGAGAGGUUCAUCUGCGUCUAUCCAGUCUACAUCAACAGUAAGAAGACUCUGGCCGAAGGACGGAGGAUCCCCACAGAGAAGGCUGUGGAGAACCCGUCCUGCGCUGAGAUCAGAGACGUCCUGACGGCCGCUGGGCUGAACGUCUAUGUGGAGAACAAAAUGCAUCCCAGAGAGUGGAACAGAGACGUCCAGUUCAGAGGUCGAGUCAGAGUUCAGCUGAAGCAGGAAGACGGCAGCCUGUGUCAGGACAAGUUCAGCUCCCGUAAAGACGUGAUGUUUUACGUCGCGGAGAUGAUCCCCAAACUGAAAACCCGGACACAGAAGAGUGGAGGAGGAGACACCAGCUCUCAGCAGGGGGAGGGAGGGAAGAAGAGCAAGAAAAAGAAGAAAUAGAAACACAGCGUUACACAACAUUUUGUUUUUAUUUUUUUUUAAUUCACAGGCUUGUUGCUUUGAGUUCUUUGAUCCGUAUCCAGCAGAAUCAAACCUGUACUCAACCGAGCUGUUGUGUGUUUUGUAAUGUGGCUGUAGCUGAACAGUAGCCUUCAUCUGUGACCUCAGAAAAUAUACAGCUGAACAAAAAGACGGAGGAGGAUGUUCAUCUGUGGUUCUGUUUCAUAUGCCUCCCCUCUCCUCCUCCACAUUUUGUUAGAGGAAUAAAAUAAAGUUUCUUUGUUGGUUUAA